UGCAAAGUUCGACGACUUCAUGAUGAACACAAAAGGAUACAGCGUAACAACUGACAACGAUCUUAGCUUCUAUCUGGGAGUCGCGUACAAGAGGGACGAAGCUUGAGGGGAUCGACCCUACAGGGAAAUUCACCACGCCAAUGGAUCCCAAGUUCGUGAUCGAACCAGAAGACGUUGAUCCGCACGCGCAUAGCAACAUGGUCAAGACCAGAAAUCAGCUAUGCAGUAUCAUUGCUAUCAAGAUAUCUCACAAGUCCUACGAAGAAACGCUAUCAAGACAACGCCGCCUUGGAAGCAAUUCAUACAAGCGAGCAAGUUGCUGAUAUAUUCACAAAACCGCUGCCCGCUGAUCAGUUUCUCUAUCUAAGAGACCAAUUGUUGAACCUCCCUUUGGUAAUUUUCAAAAUGAAUAAACUUUUCUCAAACUUGUCUAAGAUCCUUCGAAGGACAAAGACACAUACGCGAAGUGCUGAGCGCCUCUGGACUGUUCUAGUACCAGGGAGUAGCAUAGUACAAGCGAAACCAUAAGCAUGUGGCACAACUUGAGCAUCCCUGGGGCAUUGCGACUUCAGUGGGUAGUGAUAGUUGCUUGCAAACGCAAAUGGACAUGGGAGAAAGGAGUAAGAGUUUCAUAGCACAGCUUCCCCAUAGUGCAUGGGCUGAUAUGGUGACAUGGAAACAUGAUUGCUAAUCAGGGCGAUGGCGCGUAACAUGAUUUCUUUUGAAACAUGGAAACGUACUCUUCGUUAACUCACUACGUGGGUAACCGGCGUGUAGCAAAAUGCUGCAUAGCUGCUCUAAACUUCCAUUGAAGCUAGUUGAUGAUGCGAAAAGCUACAUCAGGGUUUGGAAUUGCUUACCCCACACAAUCAGCAGUGUGUGAAAGGCAAUCCAACGUCUCGUUACCUCAAAAAUGCUACACGCAAUUCCUCACGUGCAUCCACAAAAUGCUACGAAGGAAACGUAAAAGCAUGUGGAAACGACGUGUUAUGCUCACUGAAAGGCAUAUGAAUGCAUGUAUGACUUUGGAACCUAUGUCAUUUGCUGAAACGUACUGGGAACUCACCGUCCUGGGCCACAUUUGCA